CACAACAAGAAGUGCUUCGGCUUCGCUCUUGACAGGAAAAUGUCAGAGGACCACGAUCAGAAUAUGACCGCGUGUAAAGCAAUCAACCUGACUUUCACUCAUCGUUUUUUACCCAUUGUGUAUGUGAUUGUCUUCAUCGUCGGGACGUUUGCAAACGUGUGUGGGUUAAAAACGGUUUGUACAAGCUGGAAAAAAAUUGGGAGUAUAAACAUCUUUAUUCUCAAUCUUGGAAUAGCAGAUUUGCUGUACAUAUUUACGUUGCCAUUUUUCGUCGUAUAUUACGCUCUGGACAGCAAAUGGAUAUUUGGUCUAACAUUCUGCAAGAUCACCAGGUUUUGCUUCAAUCUGAAUCUCUACGGCAGCAUCGGGUUCCUGACGUGCAUCAGUAUCUAUCGGUACCUCGGUAUUGUGCACCCACUGAAAGUAUUGGGGAAAAUCCACACUGGUCACUCAGUGGCGUUAAGUUUUCUUGUCUGGAUUUUGGUCUUCAUUCAGAUUUUUCCCGAUAUGUUCUUUGAGAAGUCAAAGAAUUCCUCAGAAGCUUGCUAUGACUCAACAUCCGACCAAUAUAUCAAGGACUACCUGCCGUAUAGUAUUGUCUGGACAAUUACUGGAUUCGCUAUACCAUUACUAAUCAUUCUCGCUUGCUAUGGACAUAUUGUGGUGGUCCUCGCUACCAAAGCUAACGUAAAUACUUUGUUAAAACAACGCUGUCUAAAACUAGUCAUCAUCUUGACAUUGUUGUUCUCAAUUUGUUUUAUCCCCUACCACCUUUUGAGGAAUCUCAAUUUGCAAGUAAGGAUUUUGAAAAUGGAAGGCAUCUGCAAGGCGAGCUUUAAUGACAUCUACGUCGCUCAUCAAAUCAGCCGUGGACUGGUUUGUCUGAACAGCGCAAUCAAUCCGUUAAUUUAUUUAGUUGGAAAUGAUGAUUUCCUCAUGCGCUUUCAUCAUCUCAGCAAACGAGCCAGGAAGUCUGUUGCUAACUGGACUACUGCAGUGAUCUACCGCAAACCACUGGAUUCAGAUCAACCUACGCUAGAAUCUCAACCGGCAGGUUCCGACCUGCUAGUAUUUUAAAACCCACCCUUACUUUUUGAGGUUGUCCAAGUCAGUAUUUUGCCAAAGGCCUGCAUGUAAAUACGCUGUUCACUGCACUUUAUUAAUCAUUAUUGUAUGGCGCCAAUGUUAAGUAAUUCGUGUGGGUUUUUAUGCCAUUGUGUUCAGUGAAAGUGAAACGGGCUGCUGUUUCAGACAUUUAGUCGUUUAUAUGCUGAGCUGUUACUGAAGUAAACAUGAACUCAAUAAUUGAAUAUUGUAAGGAAAUGACUAGCGCGUAUUCUUGUCUAAUGAAUCCACUAACUGAGUGUCUCUGGAUACGAGUCUGCUAAAUGACUUAUGGCAAAUGUGAGUAUCUUUCCAUGCCUCCACAUUGCCUACAAGCAAUAACCAUUAUUGUGAACAUUAAAUGGGUGUCAAACUCAAUAACCCCA